AUGGACGCGAUUGUCUUAAAGAACAAGACCAGUGCCACCAACUCACUAUCACAGACAGAAUGGUUGUCCAUGGAGGCAGCGAUGCCCGCGGAAGAGCGGCAGACGCAUCGGAACCUCCAGCUCUUCUUCAUGGAGCGGGCGAAAGCCGCCGGCGUCAAGGAGAAAGAGGAGGAGGAGGACGAGGACGACGACGAUCCCGAGAUGCUCGCGCUCAUCGAGGGGGGCGGUGAUGCCCCGGAGGGAGGCGACGCCGGGGGAGACAGCGACGACGAGGAUCCGCGUGAUGCGGCGCGGAAGAAGCAGGAGGAGGAGGACAAGGAAACGGUGGGCACCGUCGAGAAGCAGAAGAACUGGAGCUCCGUGAACCUGGCCUUCCAGGAGUCGAAGCUCAACUACCGGGGAAGCUUCUCUGCCUUGUCCUUCACCAACUGGCUCUGGUAUAGGGUCGUCCGACCGAAGUUGGAAGAGACCAAGUCCAAGAUGGCGGAGCUCGCUGACGAGGAGCUGGAGAAGUACGGCAUCCCUGACGUCGAGGAAGUCCUCGGAGAGUUUAUGCCGGCGCAGAAGAAGAAGGAGGAUGAGAAAGACAAGAAGGAUAAGAAGGACAAGAAGGACGACAAGGACAAGAAGGACAAGAAGGACAAGAAGGAGGAGGAUGACAAGAAGGACAAGAAGAAGGAUGCGAAAGAUAAGAAGAAGAAGAAGGACGCGGUGCAGCUCAAUGCGAAGGAGAAGCUGCAGGUCCAGAACCUGAUCAAGAACAUGAUCUAUGGGGAGUCUGGAAAGAACAAGACCAUCACCACAGGGUGGGUGAACCUCGUCGAGGAAAAGGAGAUCCCGAGGUUGACCCCCUGGGAGUUCCAGCUAGCGCACAUCAUGCGGACGUCCAUGGCCCUGGAGUACAGCGCCAAGAAGAAGAAGGAGGUUCCUGACCUCAACCUCUACUACGAGAUGUGCCAGUCCUUGGCAGAUGCCAUCGGCCUGAUCAAAAAGCAGUAUGCCUUCGAGUUCCCCCAGAACUCCAUGGAGGAGAUCUUGCCGCUCCAGGACGCCUUGGCCUUGCAAACGCGCUUCCGCGAGGGCUCGGUGGCAGGGGCCAAGUUCGACCUCCUUUGGUACCUGCAGAACGGGGCACACCUGCUGGCUGGCAGCGGCUUCGCCAAGAAGCACCGCACCACGGUCUUCAAGCCCUUCAAGAUCCAGGAGCUGAUGAUCGAUGCCAUCCUUCAGCCAGGAUCGCUGGGGCGACGAAACUUCUACCGCCGCAGAAAGCUUCGGGUCGUUAGACUGGUCAAGAGCGCGAUUACAAAGGACGAAGCUGAGCAAAGAAAGUGGUGCCGAGCAGCAGGUGUGAGAAAGGCUCCUAAAACAGUGUCUUUUCCAAGUGGCUUGGGGCAAGCUCUGGCUUCCAUUCUUUGUCAGACGGACUUAGCUUUCAGUGGUUUUGUCAGAAGCAGCCUGGCAUGCGCUCAAGUUCAGGGCCCUGACGGCAGAAAGCGGGACAUCUUCCCUCUCCCUCUACCUGAGCAUUGGCCGGAAGCAGUUCCUUGCCAGGAAAUGUUCAGCUCCAUCCGCUUGGUGAUUCUGCAGUGUUGUCUUUCCGCGUUGAAUUUUUUGGCGAUAGAUUUCAAGGCAAGUCGUGUCCAACCAGCCAAGCAAGUCGCAACUGCAAGCCAGCUGGCUGUCACUGGCCACGUUGCAUGCCGCUGCGCUGUUUUUCUGGAACGUCUAGCUGCAGAGUGCCCGCCGCAUUUUGACUGGAGCACUGCCUUUGCAAGAUACGAGCUUUCAGAAAAGCCGGCCGCUUUAAAGCUCAGCGCGGAGGCUGUGGACAUGCCUGCGCAGGCAGGAACAUGUGACCCAAGUUCUCUGCUGUCGGAAGAUUUGCUCAUGGCGGUUUCGGAUGCGCAUUCGCUUUUUUCGGGGGAGCUCUCGCACACGCUCCAAACCCCGGGGCCAACAGGCAAAGACAGGGUGGAAUACAUCAAGUUGGUUCUUCGCCAAUUGGAUUGCAAAAAGGUGCGACUUAGGCUGCGGGUGCGUGCAGUGGCUGAAGUUUUCCCGGUGUCCAAAACAACGCCGGGUAGACAGAGAGAGGUCUGGAACGGUUCGCUCAUCUCAGACACAGCUGCGCAGCCGCCUAAACCAAGGUUUCUUGCAAGCCCUGCCUGCUUCGUUGACAUUCAAGCAAAGCGUGGGGAAGCCUUGUACUUCUCAAAACGGGAUGUCGGCACCUGCUUCGAUGUCAUCCAGGCGCCAGAUGCAAUGCAAGAGUGGUUUGGGCAACCUGCUGUCACCCUUCGUGAGCUGUCCAAACUUAGCAGCAAGAGUUUGGCUGAGCUCAGGGCCUUUGUGGUGGACAGGGAUGCAGAACACGUUGGUUUGGACACGAAGCUUUUUCCUGCGAGCACCGUUUGGCGAAUGGGUUUUAGUUGGAGCUCAGCAGUUGCUCAGGACUGCACCGUGAGCUGCUGCUUACAAAGCGGCGUUCCAGCAUCAGCUUUUCUGUGCAUGGAGCAGCCUCCUCCUGUGGACCAAACAGAGUUGUGCGCUGUUGCAACCGACGACACAGUUUUCGUGCACCGGUCGCAAGCAGGUGCUCGAAAGCGCCUGGAGAAGCUAGAUGCUGUUAUGGUUCAAGCAGGAAUGCCGAAGAACGCUUCGAAGGAUGUCAACUGGGACUCGAAGAUGGUCGCUUUGGGCUGCGAGCUGUAUGCAAAUCCGCCUGCAGUCGAGCCGAGCUCUGACAAGCUCUUUCGGUUAUUUUCUGCUCUGGUUGGGCUGCUGCUUAACCCUACAGCUUCGCCCAAAGCACUCAGCAGAGCGCUUGGAGUUGCGCAGUGGUUUUGCUUGCUGCAGAGGCCCAUGUUUUCCGUCUUUGACAAGGUUUACGACUUCGUGCGUGACGACGGUCAAGAUACUCCAAUGUCGUUGCCGCCAGCCAUCAGGAAUGAACUUGCAGUGGCUACUUUCUUGAUGCCGCUUUUGGGUGCAGACUUGUCCCGUGAUUACCUGGGCAAGAUCACUGCUUGUGACGCAUGCCCAGAGUUUGGUUUCGGGGUGUCGAGUUUGCAGUGUUCCCGUGAGGUGUCAAGGGACAUUUGUCAGCUGGCUGAGCGUCAUGGUGACUAUGUGCGUCUUUACUGCUGCCCAGGAGAUCCCCUCGAAAAGGACCGUCUGGGAAAGCCUCACAGAUUGCCUUUUUCCCAGCAGGAUUUCCACACCAUUCUCAGUAAGCGGGCUCGCUGGAAAGCCCACUCUGGCAUUUUGGAGGCGCAUGGCCUUUUGCUUGCUGUGAAGUGGCUUGCGCGGUCCCCAAAAAAUCACAGCCACAGAGUACCGCUUCUGGUCGAUGCAAAAGCAGUUCUGGGCGCUGCAAGCAAAGGCCGUAGUUCGGCCCCUGGCCUGCGUGGCAUCUUACGCCAGAUUGCAGCUCUCUCAAUGGGUUGUGAUUUCUUGAUACGCCUGGUUUAUAUCCCGAGCGAAUCAAACCCUUCCGACAGCCCUUCCAGAGGCAUAAGAUCCAGGCCGAGGGUGCGCAAGACUGUGGGCAAGAGUGAUCGGGGCACUUGCAAGUUCACCAGACAGAUGCUCAAGUUGCAGCAAGCUGCCCUGGCCAUUGACCCACGUUUCCUGUAG